AUGAUUUCUUAACCAGAUAAGGAAUAAAAUACAGAAGAUAAGGAAAUUGUCAUAAUAGUGAAUGAGAAAAAUGAAAUUAUUGGUUAGUCUCCGAGAAAAGAGAUGAGAUAACAGAAACUAAUUCACAGAGCCACUUAUAUUUUUGUUAUUCAAACAAGCACUAAUAAAUUAUUUGUUCAUAAAAGAUCAUAGGAAAAAAGAUAUUGCCCGGGGUAUUUUGAUACCUGUUUUGGAGGUGUGGUUGCAAUUAAUGAAACAUAUGAGUCAAAUGCAACAAAAGAAAUCCAUGAAGAAAUUGGAGUGUAAAAUGUGAAUAUUAUUCCAAAUAAUGAAUUUUAUUAUGAGGAUCAAAUUAGUAAAAUCUGGGGGAAAAUGUUUUAUAUGUAUUUUGAUGGAGAGGCUAAUUAGUUAACUCCAUAAAUAGAGGAGGUAGAAUACAUUGAUUUGAAAUAAGUCAAAGAUAUUCUAGCAUCUGGUGAUAAAUGGACUCCUGAUGGAAUGCACGCAUUAAAAUUAUUCAUAGAUGAAAUGCCAGAAUUGAUACAACAUUAAUGA